GGGGAAAGGGAAAGGGGCUGGGAGGCGUCUGCACCAAACAGAUCGCCCGGCCGGUGCUUGUGUAAGGGGGCGCGUAGGGUGCUCCCUCGCAGCCUCCGCCUUGGACCAUGGUCUGCGGGGGCGGAGGGAGGAUCGGCGCCGCCGCUGCCGCUGCGCUCUUCUCGGGGCUCCUCCGCUCGGGUUUGCCACAACUGCGUGCCAGCUUCCUCCACACGGAGUUUGAGAGAAGACCAUCAAAGGUAGUCUCACAGGCCAGCAUGAAGGUGGAGCUGCUGCCAGCCCUUACGGACAACUACAUGUACCUCCUCAUCGACGAGGACACCAAGGAGGCUGCCAUAGUUGACCCUGUGCAGCCCCAGAAGGUUGCAGAGGCAGUCAGAAAGCAUGGGGUGAAGCUGACCACUGUCCUUACUACACAUCACCACUGGGACCACGCUGGUGGCAAUGAGAAACUGGUAAAGAUGGCGCCGGGGUUGCAGGUGUACGGGGGAGACAGCAGGGUUGGAGCCCUGACCCAGAAAGUCUCUCAUCUUAUGUCAUUUCAGGUAGGCAAGCUCAACGUGAAAUGCCUCGCCACUCCCUGCCACACCUCCGGACACAUCUGCUAUUUCGUGACCAAGCCAAAUAGCUCGGAGCCGCCUGCCGUCUUCACAGGUGACACGCUGUUUGUGGCUGGCUGCGGGAAGUUCUUCGAAGGGACCCCCGAGGAAAUGUACAAAGCCCUGAUUGAGAUCUUGGGGCGCCUCCCGCCAGAAACGAAAGUCUACUGUGGUCACGAAUACACCAUCAACAAUUUAAAAUUUGCCCGGCACGUGGAGCCCAAAAACAGCGCAAUCCAGCGGAAACUCUUCUGGGCAAAGGCAAAAUACGAUGGCGGCGAGCCAACCAUCCCAUCAACGAUUGGUGAAGAGUUCACAUACAACCCGUUCAUGAGAGUCAGGGAGGCAACUGUGCAGCAACAUGCCGGGGAAACUGACCCCAUCCGGACUAUGGGCGCCAUCCGCAAGGAAAAGGACAGCUUCAAAGUGCCAAAAGAGUGAAAUCUCAUCCCGGCCUAUAUUCCUGCUAUUUUUUUCGCUCUCUCUUUCCUUUUUCUCAUGUUGAUUUAGUUAAGGAAACUAAAGUUUCAUUGCUCUGUUCUGUUAAAAUCAUUCAUGUUUAGGGAUUCUUGUCUUAAAAGGAGGCACAAACAAAAGCACUUUGCUCUUAUAGGAAACAUUCUAUAAGCUAUUUAAAAGAUUUUUAAUUUUUUCUUGUAUUCCUGGAUUUGAACCACUGUGUAGCAGUUAACUCUUCCCAAUCCCCCCCCCCCUUUGUUUUUUGAGUGGUGCAUGGAAACUGGGAGGGAAGCUGCCAUAGUUUCAUAGGUCACUGGUGCAAACUACAACCAACUUUUUAGCCUGAGUGGUUUUGGCUUUCUCUGAAACCUCUUGAACUGAUCUGUGCCCAUCCAUGCAGAUGCUUGGGGGGGGGGGAAGUCUCCUUCCAAGAAAAAUCUAGCUGGCUUUGCGAGGCUUGAUUCUGUACCUUUUAGGCCACAAAACUCGGCUGCCUCACAGUAUCCAUUUUCUCCCCCAGGUUUUAUUGGCUCCAGUACUUAGCCACCAACAUUCUUUUUUGACCAUGGAGGGAUUUAAAAAUCUGUCUGUGGAAGAAACUUCUGUGUCGAAAUCCCCACAGCAGCACUGCAUAAGGAGGCUCCAGCUUUUGUGCAUGGACGAUCAGCUGCUGCUGAUAACCAACCUUUUAAUAAAAAAAUCUUCUCCCAACCCAGGGGUGGGGAUCCUGUGGCUCUGCAGAGAUUGCUGGCCUCCAGCGCCCAUCGUCCCAGAUCACUGGCCAUCCCUGAGGCUGGUGGGAGUUCAAGAACAUCUGGAUGGCCACACUCCACAUCCCUCGGUCAUGUUAACUUGGGAGCAGCCAAAAAUCUGACGGGGGAAAGAGGAAUGUUCCGUGUUGGUUGCAGUUUUGUGAAUCUUUCCGUCUUGCAGUGCUGCGGCUCUGUCAUGUGGGGCUCAAGUUAGGAAGCAAGGAACACGAAAUGAGCCCACUUGAGUAUCCAGAGCCCUUGCUGAUAUUCUGCCCGCUAAGAGUGCAGCGCAUGCGCGCCUCUGCUUCUAAAACAGCCGUCUGUGCUGUCCACGCUGAAACUUUACUCCGUGAAGAGUUACUAAUAUGGGCGUUACAGCAGCAAGCUUUCGGCAUGGAGUGCUGCAGAGUCACUUUGGAUCCAAUAACCUUAUCCAACUCUAAUUAAAAACAAAACUAUAGAUUAUGGAGUCAAGAGAAGGUCUGAUUGACCAACCCCAUUUUCUCCUGCGUCUCUUUUGUCGAUAAAAGAUGCCAUUUCUGACAGCGGUAUAUAGUUUUCUUUGAGCAUGUCCACACUGCACUUUACAAAAAGGGAGAUGCAAACCUUUUUCACUGACAUCCUCAGUGAAAAGGAACUUUGGGAACUGCAAGUUAGUUUGAGAAAGCAGGUAGCACCUCUUAACAAAGUACCAUUCACAGCACCUGGGCAAAACUGCAGUUCCCAGCUUUUUGCAAGGAAGGACCCGGGGAAUACUUAAAACGGCUUUCAAAGCGAUGUGCCCUUUUUUGUACGGCUGGCGAAGCACUUCAGUGCUGCGAAACCCUCCCAGCCCACUCACCAGCCCGCUUGAAUCCUCAUCCGCCGUUGAUUCAGCGAAUGCAUGUGUACAUACAUAUGUGUAUAUAGAGAAAAAUAAUAUAUUACAAUAAAAGAGAUGAACUGCCAGGACCAGAGUUAGGAGAUGACGCCAUAACCAACCGUUAAAACUACCAAGGCUUCCCCAACCAGCCUGGAACCCGUGGAAAUGGGGUCCCCUGAAAGUGGUAAGGAUCCCUCAGUGCAAAAUUGAGGUUCCUUGGGGGGGGGGGAAGCCAGGAAUAUUGUAGAAACAGUUGAAGAAAAGGAUGUGUUAUUUUUCAAUCAAGCACAGUGGAACGGGGGGAUGUUUUAGGGGCAAAGGGGGUCCUGCUUGCCCCUUCUAAGAGCUGUUGGAUGUUGGUACAACAGCCUUCUCCCAACCUGGCGCCCUCCAGAUGUUUUGAACUACAACGCCCCCAGCACUGCCAUAGGACGCUGAAGUUCAAAACAUGGCUGUGCUGCCUGGGGCUGGUGGGAGCUGUAGUCCAAAACAUCUGGAGGGCGCCAGGUUGGGAGAAAGCUGCUUGAACUACUGCUGUGACUGCGUGCAGCCACUAGCAACAAGUGCAGACUGGUCUACCACAGCAGAAAAGCUCUUCUCUGCCCAGGCAGUGGUGUGGAGGUGGGUGACGUGCCUCAGGUCGAAGUUGUGCCGCAGCCUUUUCGUUCAAGUACAGUGUCCUACUCUGCCAAUAAACAUCUCUUGCACUAA